AUGGCUGCAAGUACUCAUGGUGGCGCCAGCCAUAGUACCCCAGUUGUACAAGCGCCAGAAACCAGCAGGGUGGAAGAUGCCAGACAAAGUAUCACCACUCUGCAAAUAGUUAAAAAUAGCACCGGUAGUGCCUGCCGUAGUACUCCGGACGAGCAGCCAACAACCAGCAAAUCGGCGGCCGUUACAGGCAGCAACCCCGCCUCUAAGAAAAGAAAACCCUCGGGCGUGGUCAUGAGACAGAUGUACCAGAAGGCGCUGUAUAUGUUAAAUAAAAUUGACAAAAAUGCAGCGGCCGGUACGGUGCAUGAGCGUGACGAGGAAGACAAGGCAAAAUACAGGCAAAUAGUGGAAGAGUACGAAAAGCUACAGGCAGAUCGUGCAGCCACAAUCGAGGCCACCGAAGCGAAGAAGCGGAACCGCUCUCAUAACGAAGGCGGCCAAGGGGCCAUCGCAAAGAAGGCAAAGCAAGGUGGUGUUGCGGAGUCCGCAGCACCCGCGAAGCAUCGCUAUUUUAGUGACGUCGCCAGAGAUCAUCUACAGGCGGCGAUAAUAGAUGAAAAUAGCAAGACACCGCUAGCAGUGCAGCAAAAAUGGGUGGAGAUUGAUGUGAGGCUGUCGAGCCUCGUAAUGAACCACGUACUCGACAACCCCGAAGGUCCUCACCCAGAGUUCGACUCGUCGGAAUCCCUACGGGGAUACCGGGUAGUCAAGUGCGCGAACCAGUUCUCCCUGGAUUUCCUUGCUGGGUGCGUCGCUAAGAUCAGCGACACUUUUGUCGGCUUGAAGCUCAAGCUGAUCCCAGCUAAGGACAUUCCAAGGAGACCACGUGCGCGCAUCUGGCUGCCUCCGAUGGAUGAACCAGGCGAAAAGUUGCUGCGGUGUCUUAAGCUACAUAACAAAGACAUACCGGCGAUCGAGGAAUGGGAACUUAUAAAAGUUGAAGAGCCAAGAAGGCCUACAAAUAAGCCCAUUCUACUAGCUAUUUGUGCAGAGUCACUAGACGCCUUAGAGAAGGCUGACUAUCGGCUCUGCUUCGGUAUCCGUAAGGCUAGAGUGCGGGUAUUCCUCGGAGAGGUUAGCCCGGUAGAAGAAGAUCCCGGGGUUGAUGGAGCAGGUGAGCUUCUCAUGGGUGUGAAGCUGACAGAUGACCCAGAACCGGAAACUUAAAGUAGGCCAAAUAAAUCUGCAGCACUCCAAAUGUGCUACAGAUAAUCUAGUUGUCCUUCUCAGUGAGGAGGAUAUAGACAUUAGCCUAAUUCAAGAGCCCUGGGUCAAGCACGAUACAAUCAUGGGACUAAAUAUAAACAAUUAUAAACUCUACUAUAAGAGCGAGCACAUCAGAUACAACAACGGUUAAGGUGGAGACCACCGGACAGCCAAGUAUACUCCUGGUCUCAUCAUACAUGGCCCACGAUAGGGACAGUCCGCCAACCGAAAUCCAGGAGAUAAUAGCCAAAAACCCCAGACAAAUUAUAGUCGUCGGCUGCGAUGCGAAUGCAAGGCAUCCAGUUUGGGGUAGUUCUACGGAGAACGACCGAGGUGAGUCUUUACUACACUUCUUAUUAAAUACUAACUUAAGCAUCUGCAAUAGAGGUAAUACACCCACAUUCAUAUUCCCGAGUUCAAACCGGUUUCCUGGAUGGGAGGAGGUGCUGGAUCUGACCCUGUUGUCAGAGA